UCUACCGACGAGCACCUGUGUGGUAGGUUUUGUGUGGAGAAUGCUAGGCUAAUAGCCUAUGUGACUGUCAGAAAACUUAACAGAAUGGCAGGUAGCAUACACGAAGGACCGGAAUAUGGUACAGGGGAUUUCGUCCUGUUACCAGAAGUGUCCAUGUCAGCUUUUAUGUCCAAUUUAAAAGUGAGAUAUGAGAAAAACAGAAUCUAUACCUAUAUCGGGGAGGUGAUUGUUUCCGUCAAUCCGUACCGUACAUUGGACAUCUACAACAAUACCUAUGUUGACCAAUACCGAGGGCGCGAGAUCUAUGAACGACCCCCACACAUAUUUGCCCUGGCUGACAGUGCUUACAAGACAAUGAAAAGGAGCAGUCGAGACACAUGCAUCGUCAUAUCAGGUGAAAGUGGCUCAGGGAAGACUGAAGCAUCCAAAAUUAUCAUGAGGUACAUUGCCGCGGUGACCAAUCUCGGUGGGCAGAAGGAAGUUGAAAGGAAUGAGGUAGCAAGAGUGAAGGAUGUCUUAAUCACAUCCAAUGUCAUCCUUGAAGCUUUUGGGAAUGCAAAGACAAACCGAAAUGACAAUUCCAGUCGGUUUGGCAAAUACAUGGACAUCAACUUUGACUUCAAAGGAGAUCCUAUUGGUGGCCACAUCAGUAAUUACUUAUUAGAAAAAUCUAGGGUAGUUCAUCAACAACAGGGCGAGAGAAAUUUCCAUUCAUUUUAUCACUUACUAUAUGGUGCUAAGGAUGAAAAGCUAGCGGAACUGAAGUUAACACGAGACCCCAUGAAGUAUCAUUACGUCAGACAAGGUGGUGACCCAAAGUGUGCCACAUUAAAUGAUCGUGAAGAUUAUCGUGCCGUCAUGUCAGCCAUGAAAACGAUGGGAUUUGCAUACAGCCACGCAGAAGCCUUGUGGAGAGUUCUGUCUGCAAUUCUACAGCUGGGAAAUGUGGAAUAUGGAAUGAGUGAAGACCAUGAUGUGGCUUUUGUCGAAGACAAGAAGUUGCUAGGCAACAUAGCGGCCAUGUUGUCAGUGACCCCAAUUGACCUUGAAAAAUCCCUGUGUUACCGUGUGAUUGCUGCAGGAGGACAAGUGGUGGAGAAGGGGCUCAGUACGUCUGAAGCUUUGUAUGCGAGGGAUGCCUUUAGCAAGGCAAUUUACGACCGGAUGUUUACAUGGAUUGUGGCACAGAUUAAUGAGGCGAUUGACCCGAAGGUCAGUGGUAUAGGGUACAUUGGCAAGAACACAGUCAUUGGCGUACUCGAUAUCUACGGAUUUGAAAUCUUUGACAACAACAGUUUUGAACAGUUCUGCAUCAACUACUGUAAUGAGAAGUUGCAGCAGUUGUUCAUUGAGCUAGUGUUGAAGCAGGAACAGGAGGAGUAUAUGAGGGAGGGAAUUGAGUGGACCCACAUCAAAUACUUCAACAACAACGUCAUCUGUGACCUUGUUGAACAACCCCACAAGGGAAUACUUGCCAUCCUCGACGAGGCCUGCCUCAGUGUUGGCAAAGUCAAUGAUGAGAUGUUUUUAUCAGUCAUGGCAAAGAAACUUGGGAAGCAUGACCAUUUUACUUGCAGAGAGCUGGCUCCAUCAGACAAGACUUUGGAACAUAGUCGUGACUUUCGAGUCAAACACUACGCAGGUCAAGUGCAAUACAGUGUCAUUGGCUUCAUUGACAAAAAUAAGGACACCUUGUUCCAGGACUUCAAACGGUUACUUUACAACAGCAAAGAGCCACUCUUGAAGGAAAUCUGGCCAGAGGGCAGUCAAAAAAUCACAGAGACAACUAAACGUCCUACCACAGCAGGCACCAACUUCAAGAACUCCAUCAUAGCCCUAGUGCAGAACCUGGCUUCAAAAGAGCCUCAUUACGUGAGAUGCAUCAAGCCCAACGAGAUCAAGUCUCCGUCACGACUGGACAGUGAACGUGUCCAGCACCAGGUCUUGUACCUUGGACUGAUGGAGAACGUGCAUGUACGGAGGGCUGGCUUUGCCUACCGGGCUGGCUAUGGACGAUUUCUCCAACGGUACAAAUGUACCACUGGAGCAACAUGGCCAAAUUUCAAAGGGCUUGACAUUGAUGGUGUCAAGACUGUUAUUGAUCAAUUCCAUUAUAACGAUGAUGUGAAGUACGGGAAAUCCAAGAUCUUUAUCCGGUCGCCACAGACUUUGUUCGCCCUGGAGGAAGAGAGGGACAGAUGUCUACCAAAGAUCAUCAUUUUUUUGCAGAAGAUGUGGCGUGGAGCCAUUGCUCGGCGAAAGGCCAAGUUCAUGCGUGCCAUCUAUCUAAUCAUGAUGCGCUUCAGGAAGUACAAGAUGAGGCGCUACAUCAAAAGCUGUGUGGAACGGUUCAAGAAUGUACGUAACAUGAAGGACUUUGGAAAGUCAAUUCAGUGGCCAAAGCCUCCCUCUGUACUGGAAGGCAUGGUUGCAUUGCUACAGAAGACACAUGGUCGGUGGCGUGCACAAAUGAUACUACGACACCAGCCCAAGUCCGAAUGGCCUGUGUUACGACUCAAGGUUACAGCACAGGAAGUGCUCAGAGGUCUGAGGUCAGACUGGGGAUACCGCAGGAAGUGGGAAGCCAACUAUCUUGCAUCCGCGGCUGAAGUAUCCCAGACAAAAGACAACAGCAGUACUGCUGAUUUUGUAGCAAAGAUGAACUCACUCAAAUCACAUGAUGCUUUCACAAAGAUUCUGUUCUCCACCUAUGUAAAGAAGGUUAACAAGCACAACCAGCAGGCAGAGCGAGCAGUUGCCAUCACAGACAAGUACAUCUACAAACUUGACCCUCAUAAAAAGUUUAAACCUAUGAAAAAAGGCAUACCCACAGCUGAUGUCACUGGUCUUAGUGUGACCUCUGACUCUGACCAAUUGGUGGUCAUCCAUCUGAUGGGAGGAAAUGACCUGGUCAUUUGUCUUUCCAGUCCAGGCAAGGAGGAAAGGGUUGGCGAGUUUGUCGGCACACUCUGCAGGUUCUGGCAGAUAAAAGGCAAAGAAUUGAAGGUUACAAUAUCCAAACCCAUAACAUGUAUGCUUGGAAACAAGAAACGUCAUGUUGCAGUGCGACCAGCUGCUGCUACCAGCACACCAGUUUUCCGAAAAGAAGGUGCUGACCUAGCACUUCACUGGCCGGAGGCUUAAAGACGUACAAAUCCUAAUUCCAUGGCUUUCAGAACAACUGUGAUAUUGUUCACUCUCCUAUAGACACCAUGAACAAUAUAUUUCAAAUCUUACCGUAUUGUAUGUUUUUUUCAUGAUUGAUAGGUGUACUGUUCUGUGUAUGAACCCAGCUUUCAACAUUGCUCAUGUUUAUUUUGUUUUUUUCAAUUGCAUAUUUUAAAACCAAUACCUGAAAUUCAUACAAAAAAAGUAUGGUAGCUUUUUGGCCAUCUACACUGAAUCUGUGUCAACCACUAAAUGAAUUAGACAGGUAAUGGUCAUAUGACAACCUGGAGUUCUACAACGUUGGAAAAUUUGGUGGUGAAACAAAAGUCACGAUUUAAAUAUAAAUUUGCAUGAAUAAAAAUAUUUCUGUAGAAAUAUAUAUAUAUAUAUAUAUGAUACUA